AUGCAGUUAACUUUUUCAUUAUCAGUUUUAACUUCAUUAGCUGUCUUGACGCAUGCAGCGUAUGUUCCAUCUCAACCAUGGUCAACAUUGACUCCUAGUGGUACUAUUGAUAGUGCUAGUGCAUCUAGUAACUAUGAUGGAUCAUUCGCAUUAUCCAUUAAGACACUCGGAAAAGGCUCAACAGGAGCAAGUGCUGCACCAGCAGCUCCAACUGGUGGUGCUGCAGAUGAACCAGAAGCUUCUGCUGCUGCAGGAGCGGUUGCUAGUGAUGCAGCCGUCUCUGCACCAACAGCACCAGCAGAUAUUGGAGCUUCUGCUGCUCCAGUUGCAAGCGGUGCAGCUGCUUCAGUACCAACACCAGCAAGCAAUGUUGGUGCUUCAGCUCCAACCGGAGAAACAGCAGCAUUGAAAAAGAGAUCUGAUGUUGUAAACCAGCUUGGUGAUGGUCAGAUUCAACAAGGUGGUGGCUCGGGCUCUGACUCAGGAUCAGGUUCAGGAUCAGGUUCAGGAUCAGGUUCGGAUAGUGGAAGCUCUGGUGACUCAGGUUCCGGCUCUACUCCAGGAUCUGGAUCCGGAUCUGGCAGUGAAGGAUCUGGUGCCCCAGGUGGCGCUUCAGGUUCUGGUUCUACUCCAGGAUCGGGUUCAGAUUCCGGAUCUGGUAGUGAAGGUUCUGGUGCCCCAGGUGGUGCUUCAGGAUCAGGUUCAGGUUCUACUCCAGGAUCAGGUUCUGGAUCAGGUUCUGGUAGUGAAGGAUCUGGUGCUCCAGGUGGUGCUUCAGGUUCUGGUUCUACUCCAGGAUCAGGUUCAGACUCCGGAUCUGGUAGUGAAGGAUCUGGUGCUCCAGGUGGCGCCCCAGCCGGUGCUGGUGGAAACGGUUCCCCAAGUAAGACUGCUGAUGUUAUGAACCAAAUUGGUGAUGGCCAAGUUCAACAACAACAACAAACUGGAUCUCCUAACGGUCAAGUCGCUGCUCAAAGUCAAGAGGCACCUGGUGCUACUGCUGCUGCCGACAAGACCGCUGCCAAUGUGGCUAGUCAGGUCAAUGACGGCCAAGUUCAACAAACUGGUGCUGCUGAUAGCAAGGCUGUUGGUACUGAAAAUGGCGAGACUUGUAUCAAGUCUGACUCGUUGUCUGUCACCUUGAAAGAUGGUGUAUUGAGAGAUAGCAAGGACAGAAUUGGUGCAAUUGUAGCUGGUCACCAAUUCCAAUUCGAUGGUCCACCACCACAAGCUGGCACUAUAUACGCCGCUGGUUGGUCGAUUGUUCCAAGUGACUACACUGAUUCAUCAUCUGAAUCUGGUGGUUCUUCCAACAGUAAGAGAUCCGAUUCUCCUGGCAAAUUAGCUUUAGGUAGCCAAACUACUUUCUAUAAGUGUAACUCUGGUGACUUCUACAACUUAUACGAUCAAAGCAUUGGUUCCCAAUGUGAAGAAGUUGAAGUUACGAUUUUAAAAGCUGCUGAAUGUUAA